CCUUCCCAUUCAGAGCACGGAGCUCGUCUAGCAACAACCCACACACACGCACACGCACACACAUCACCAACAACCUCAGAGACAGAGGCCGGAAACUAAGGCGCAGAGGAAGGAAAGGAAAGAGCAGAGCAAGUGUCUUCGAUCAGUUCCUCAUUCCCCAAAUCCCCAACAGCAAAUGGAGAAGGCAAGCCGCGAGCAUGUGAUCGGGAUCCCAGUGAGCAGCAGGGCUUUCGGCAUCGAGGAGCCUGAAUUCACAGGCGAUGAAUCUACAUACUUUGGCGCCGCGAAACAUUCGGCAACCGCGCGUACCAGCUACAAAUCGGGCAGGACGACAGGGGACAAGUUUGCUCGAGGCAUCAAAGAACAUGUGACUCUAGGCCCAAAACUGUACGAAACCGUAAAAGGCAAGCUUUCUCUAGGAGCAAAGAUCCUUCAGGCGGGCGGCAUGGAGAAGAUCUUCCGGCGGUGGUUCACCGUGGAGGAGGGCGAGAGGCUCCUCAAGGCCUCGCAGUGCUACCUGUCCACCACCGCCGGCCCGAUCGCCGGAAUGCUCUUCAUAUCGACGGAGAAGGUCGCCUUCCGGAGCGACCGGUCGCUGGCGCUGACAUCCCCGAAGGGGAACACGGUGCGUGUGCCGUACAAGGUCGCCAUCCCGCUGAGGAGGGUCAAGACGGCGAAGCCGAGCGAGAACAAGCACCGGCCGGAGCAGAAGUACGUCCAGGUGGUGACGGACGACGGCUUCGAGUUCUGGUUCUUGGGCUUCGUCAGCUACCAGGUUUCCCUGGCGCAACUCGAGCAGGCCAUCGCGCAGUCGCAGCUAUGAUCCGGUGAAAUAAACACGGUGUUUGUUCUGCUUGGGCUUUGUUUGUUCGUGGUCAGGUUGGUCUGUUGUGCAUAGGUAGUAGGUGUCGUGGUGGAUUGCUUCGCGUUUUUGGCAUGCAUUGGAGCAAGUCUGUCCGGUAUACAUGGUAGGAGAAAUUUUUAGGGCGUGAAAUUCUUGAGAAGUGCUACAUGGUACAGUGCCACGGCAAAAGUGCCAUCUUAAUUAUUCGUGUGGUAUGCGCUAAUUCUGUGCGAAAAAUCAUGAGAAGUUUGUUCAACAGCUUA